UUGGACUCGAACCAGGCAACAUGCACUGUGGAAAAUUAUCAUUUGUUCAUGUACAUAUUUUUAAAUACCUGUUGAGGGUGCUGCUCCGUGGAUGAUAAUUUUUCUUUUUCUUUCGACGCCACCGAGCCAAAAAUGGGGUUUCCCUCUUUUUGGAAUGUGUUUAAUAAUGCGCAGUGGACCCGUUGUGUCUUCUCCUCCUCCGGUGGAAUAUAUGAAUAUGUCAUCUGAUCACACAACCUGUUCCAGGCUUGAAUGAUGUCCAUCUUUUGAGAUGAAAAACGGCACUUUGGGGGAUAUUUUCUUGCCUGUAAGCGGCUCCGGUCUGUUGUUAGAGUCUGCGAAGGAACGCACAAGUUUGUCCAAAACUGGACCAGGAUCUGGACACAGAACCGGAGCUGGGUCCGGGGAUGCAGCGGGUCUGAGCGGCUCACAAGGACCACACUCUGGGGGCCAAAGGAGGGGAGAUGAGGAUGAAGAUGGGGCUGAUGAUGAUGGUGAAUGGCACCGGCUCUUCGCUGUGUUUACUUGUGUGCGCAAUAGUCUUUCUCCCGCAUGGCUCUUACUCGCACCCGCAGCCGUGUCAGGUUCUAAAACGGAUCGGCCACACGGUUCGGGUCGGGGUUCUGCACGUGCAGCCUCGCUUGCUCCCGGACACCACCGGUCCGGAUGUCUGGAAUAACGCGGGGCGUCCAGCAGACACCAGAGAUGGGCGAGUGCCGGUGGACAAACGGCUUCCAAAAAGUGUCGCUUCGGAGUUCGGCAGCCUCCGGAGCAGAGGUUCCGCUCACAGCCAGCGGGGUUCGAGCAGGGGCAAAAUCAAUGCAAGGCAAAGGGAAGAGAGCACGACGUGGGAUACUCGUUUAUUCUCACCCAGAGAAUCCAUCCUGCUCGCGUCGGAGGCUCUAAACCGAGCCGGGGUUCUUCCCUUCAAUUUGUCCCUGGAGCUGGUCAUGGCAGUUGGGUCGGGACUCGGCGAGCUCCCCGCCUUCUCCUUCUCCUCCCCGGGAAGCCCCGAGGACGAAGACCCGCUGUCUUUCGUGGAGAGCGUGUGUCACACCGUGGUCGUGCAGGGGGUGUCCGCCAUGCUGUCGUUCCCACGGAACCGGGACGAGUUUGUUAAGUUGGAGUUCGUGUCUCAAGCGCUUCAGGUGCCGGUGGUCAGCGUUGUUCCGAGGGAGUUUAGGCGCCACAGUGAGAAUGCUCUUCAUUUCCAAAUGGCCAUGCGGACGGUGGAGGCACCAGCGUCCCGUCUUCUCUACUCUUUGUUGAUGAUGAACGGAUGGUGGGACAUAAGUGUCCUUCUCUGCCAGGAAUGGGACAUAAGUGAAUUUCUUUUCCUCAUCAAGAAUAACACCCGCUUCCACCUGGGUGCUCUCGUCAACCUGACAGCAUCAACCUCAGCACUGCCUUCGUCGUCUUUACCAAACACAGGAGGAACGUUAACGUCGUCAUCAUUUUUCCACCAUUUAUCCUCAUCUUCCGAUUCAACCUCCUCCACUAAAAUGGACCAGCAGCAGGCUCUCAUGCGGCAGUUGGAGGCCCUGAGAGAACCUUCAUCCACAAUAGGAGUGGUGACGUUCGGGUGUGAGAUUCGGGAGGUGCGGCGCUUGUGGACGCUGGUCACUCGGAUGACUUUACCGGAAUUCCACUGGAUCUUGGGGGACAGCCAGAAUGUGGCUGAGUUGAGAACAGAGGGGUUACCCCUUGGGCUGCUGGCUCACGGGGUCAUGGCGUCUCCUUCCUUGGAUCACUACGUCCAUGACUCGUUGGAGCUGGUGGCACGGGCUGUGGGGAACGCAGCCCGAGAGAAUCCAGGCCUGGCGCUUAUUCCUGGAACUACCAAUUGUAUGGAUAUACAGCAGAGCAAUGGAAGCUCAGGGGGAUACUUGGCAAGAUUUCUUUCCAAUGCGUCUUUUGAGGGCCAAAGCGGCUUCAUAUCGAGAGAUCGUCAGAGCCAGAAUGUCCUCUCAGAGGCCCAUCACUACAUCUGGUCCCUCCAGCUGGACCCCCUUGGCCAGCCAACCUGGACGAGGCUUGGACGUUGGCGCAGGGGGAAGGUUCUGAUGGACCAGGGGGCCUGGCCGAGCCACCAGGGCUCUGGAGGGGGAGGUGACUGGCGCCGACCCACAAGGCUCCAUUUACGCGUGGUGACCCUGGUUGAGCACCCGUUUGUUUUCACCCGGGAGGUGGAUGGGGACGGUCUGUGUCCUGCUGGCCAGCUGUGCCUCGACCCGCUCUCCAAUGACUCAUCGGUUUUAGAGGGACUUUUUCAGAACCUCGCCGGGCCAAACGGCUCCAUACCCACCGACUCAAAGAAAUGCUGCUAUGGUUACUGUAUUGACUUACUGGAGAAGCUGGCCGAGGAUAUGGGAUUCACCUUUGACCUCUACAUUGUUGGAGACGGGAAGUAUGGAGGCUUUAAAAACGGUCGAUGGACGGGAUUGGUCGGCGACCUUCUCAGUGGUGCUGCUCACUUGGCCGUGACGUCCUUUAGCAUUAAUUCAGCAAGAAGCCAAGUCAUUGACUUCACCUCACCCUUCUUCUCUACCAGCCUGGGAAUUCUGGUCCGUACCCGUGACACCGCAGCUCCCAUCGGUGCCUUCAUGUGGCCUCUCCACUGGUCCAUGUGGCUGGGCAUCUUUGUCUCGCUCCACGUCACCGCCAUCUUUCUCACGCUGUACGAGUGGCACAGUCCCUUCGGUAUGACGCCACGCGGACGGAACCGAGAUCGGGUCUUCUCCUUCUCCUCGGCUCUCAACGUGUGCUACGCUAUUCUUUUUGGGAGAACCGUUGCCAUCAAGCCUCCCAAGUGCUGGACAGGUCGUCUGCUGAUGAACCUUUGGGCAAUCUUCUGCCUCUUCUGCCUGUCAACCUACACUGCUAAUCUGGCGGCUGUCAUGGUUGGAGAGAAGACCUACGAGCAGCUGUCAGGGAUCCAUGACCCAAAGUUGCACCAUCCCUCUCAGGGAUUCCGAUUUGCUACGGUGAGAGAAAGCAGCGCUGAGGACUACGUCAAAAAGAGUUUUCCUGAGAUGCACGAGUACAUGCGGCGAUACAACGUCCCGGCGACGCCAGACGGCAUACACAACCUCAAGGCCGAUCCCCAGAAGCUGGAUGCUUUCAUCAUGGACAAAGCUCUGCUAGACUAUGAGGUCUCCAUAGAUGCAGACUGCAAGACACUAACGGUUGGAAAACCAUUUGCUAUAGAAGGUUACGGGAUCGGGCUACCUCAGAACUCUCCGCUCACCUCCAACUUCUCUGAGCUUGUUAGUCAAUACAAGUCGGACGGCUUCAUGGACAUGCUGCAUGAUAAAUGGUACAAAGUCGUGCCCUGCGGGAAGCGCAGCUUUGCUGUGACCGAGACACUACAGAUGGGAAUAAAGCAUUUCUCCGGUCUCUUUGUGAUGCUGUGUGUGGGUGUGGCCUUAUCUCUGCUGACCACCAUAGCGGAACACAUCGUGUACAAGCUGGUCAUCCCCAGAGUCAAGGAGCCACGCUUAAAAUACUGGCUGCACACCAGCCAGAGAUUACACCGAGCCCUCAACUCUGUCUUUGCUGAUGACAAGCUGCAGACUGUCACCACCGUCAAAAGGUGCAAUGAAGGAAACAACCAGUCGGCAACCUGGAAUCCGUCUGAAUCAUCUCUCUGCAACAGGCGUAGGGUUCUUCCAAAAGAGACACAGAACGACUUGGAACGGCCAUGCUCCCAGGAUCUACCGCUACCGACACCAACGUCUGCUCUUCCUCUUCAUCAUUCUCUUCCUUUACUGGAGAAACAUCUCCCCAUAGUGACCACCUCGAACGGACGCUCCAACUUGUUAGGUCGUGUGUGUAACCAAGGAUUGGGGCAAGGGCAUGGGAGCGCUGUACUGGGCGUGGCCCCAGGCCAGUGUCGGGGUUUGGGUGUGGGGGACUGCGGCCCUGGCCUGGGUGUGGGUCAGAGCUCACUUGUGCAGGAAUUGUCAGAACUGGAGAGCCAAAUCACUGUGAUAAAGCAGCAGCUGCAGUCGGCCAUAAGGAGGAAGCGAGAGCUAGAACAGUACCAAUCGGAGAACCAACAAACAAAGCAGACUGCACUUAGUCAGGCUACUACGCACCAGUCUAACCAGUUCCCACAGUACACACAGUCCCACCAGCAGACUAACCAACACCCAAACACACUCCCGGAGUUCUGAAACGUUUCCCGUGCUUUAUCCAGGGAAGCCUUCCUACAUGUUUUGUCUUUUCCAAAACCUCGCAAUGGUUCUGGAAGAGGAUGACCCAGCUGGAACAUUCAUAGAUUCUGAAGGAGAAUGUUGGACUCUUGGAUGGAUAUGUUGGAUAUUCUGGAAGGAUUUCCAGACAUGUGAAUGCAAUAGACAGGAAGUACGACUGGACACAUUUCCUAACCAAGCACCGAGUCAGCCCCUCCUUGCUUGUUGCAGUUACUGGUGAGCUGGACCAUUCUGUCACCUCUUUCCCACCUUUCAUUAUCUUCCUUUCCUUUCAUCCCUUCUCUCUCUCACUCCUCCCUCCCGCUCUCUAAGCUUGCCUCGAAAAGGGAACAGAUUUGCUUUGCAGUGAUGAUAAGCCUGAUCCUAGAUAUGAACACCCGUUGGUAUUUAAGCCUAAUGGGCUGAAUCACCUGAGUCUGAGUUACGGCUCCUUGAGAAUAUCAAUGACCUGAGCUUGAACCCAGCCUGUUAAGUCUCGGUAUCCCAUUGGUCUUGAUGAAACCUUGUCUUUCAGGGGGACGGGGUGGGGGGUUUACUGUCAUGAGAAUCAGUCAAUUUUACCAAUUUUUUUUCCAAUGAUCUGAUGCUUUGAUGCUUGGUUGGUGACCGUGAAAGAACUUUGGGAAGACGUCCGCAUAUUCAUGAAGAACAUCUGUUUGGUAGUUUGUGGUAAAUUAUUGAAUAAGUUGUUAUUUUACGGAUCACUUGUCCUGCACUUCAGUGAUGCACACUUUGUUUCUUCAAGAAAUCUGCACCUAUAACACUAGAAUUGGAGUUUGACUCCAGGAUCACAGGAAAUGGCUUCUUGGGCUUUUUUUCCAUGAAGUACUAUUUUACUGUUGGUUAAACAAUACCCCCACCAAUCUGCACACAGAGCACCCUGACACAAAUGAAACCAUCCCUCUGUGAUGAGACCCGUUUUCUGUUCAAGUUUUGAGUUCUGUCAUUAAAAUCAUUUCUCUUGUUCCCACUUACGACGAUUUCAACAUUAUUUCCCCUGCAGUUUGCUCGCAUUGUUGACCUUUGCACUUACAACACAGCCAACAACUCAUCAGUCGAUAAGUGUCCGGCUCCUGUAACAUUUCUUUUCAAAGAUUUCCUUUCACGGUGGCACUGAUGUUAACUGACAGCUACACACGCCCUUCCGUCUAAAAACUCCAUUAUAAUUUAAACCAAGACCUGCGGCUACAUAGCCGACCCCCACGCUACAGCCAACCUUGAACUGAAAUUUGGCUGUUGUGCUAUCCCUCACUUCUAUCGCUUGGAGAGAGCAAUACAGACAAGGAGGCAGAAAAGCCAAGGACUGCGACACACACACACACACACACACACGCACACACUAUCUGUUUCGCCAGUGUGUCUGCAGGGCAAGCAAAGGCUGUCACCAUUGAAAUGAACACCUGACAGAGCAGAAGGGCGAGCGCACUGGCACAGCAGCCAGCUUUUUUUCUGUGUGGAUCUUUGUGCUGACGUGCGCGUCACUACAGUUGAUAAGGCCUUGACGGGAUGACUUAACCAAAAAGAAAACAAAAGUGCCAGGUUUUGGCAGAUCUUGUUCUAAUCCCCUGUCUGAGCAGCGUCGAUUGAAGAAGAAAGUACCAUUGGUGCAUGAGAAGAAUAAAAUCUCUUUGUCCAAUUCCUCACACCUCCCUGCAAAUUGUCAUAAUACCAAACACCAUUAGCAAUUCCAUUUUAGGGUGUGAAUUCAUCAACACAUGCCCCUGGGUGCCAUCUUUGACCCUUAGGAUCUGCACAAUCAGUAGAAAGUACCGUCUUUAGUACAUGCAUCAUCACCCUUCGUCUAAACAAGCAAUCAAAUCAAUGAGCUGCAACAUCCAAUGCAAUCAUUACGACCUGGCCCUUUGAAACAUGGGAAGUUCAUUUGGAUCUGACAUCCGAAUGAAAUCAUUUACUCCGGAAGAGACUUCACGUCAGCUCUGACCGCUGUCUCUCCUCCAAUCUGCAUGACUGCAUCAUGACAGGGAAAAAAUUCAGCUCACUCCUCUGGCUGCUGUCAAUCAAAAUCAAGGACUGCCCUGCAACAUAGACCCCCCCCCCCCAAAAAAAACAGUGAAGCUCAGCUUCUAUGGAAGUGGAUUUUUUCACCCGUUUACCCAAUCAGGGUCUUAUUUUCUUGCUGUGAGCUUCCAUGACCUGACGCUAAAGUGUCAAUAGCGCUCCCGUUUAUUUCCAAUAGCAUCCGCGGGUCUGCCGAGGGAAGAGAGAUCUCAUCAGAGUCUUUCAUCUGUGGUUCAUUGGUUUGUUUGUAAAACAGACCUUUUUGGCAAUACAAGGAAAUACAGCUGGAAUAGGUGCAGAUUCUGGAAGAUCUUUCUAUUGUGUGUAACUGCUCUAUAGGAGUCCACAACUCAAUACAAAAGGCCAAAAAUGAGCAUAAUAGAUCACCUUUAAAGAAAAACAACACAUGUUCUUUCGGGCUGGUAGAUAACCAUUCAACAAAUAAAAAAGACUCUUUAACUCCAAAUUGGAAUAACUGGAGGUUUAGCUGUACAGUAUAUUAUACAAUCACAUGCAGAAACAUUUCAGACUAAUCCAGCUUUAAAUUUCAUAGAAUUUGUGUUUUGUUUUGAAAAUGCGACAGAAGACAAUUGGAAGUAAAAUUACUUUUGUCUGUAGACUUGAAAUAUUAUUUUUAUGUUUG